AUGUCGGAUUCACAUCGUCGCAAGAAGUCCAGAUCUCCAAGUAAGCGGAAGGAGAAAUCGAGACAUCAUCGUCACUCACGAGAGCAUGCUCGUAGCGAGAGACGCGAUCGUUCACGCCCGCGAGGUUAUGGACGUUCACAUACUCGCGAUCAUAGCCCGGUUCGCUCUCGCAGCCGAUCUCGCGCGCCCGAGGGAGGAAGUAUUUUGGCUGAACUCCAUCCCCAACUAGUUGCCCAAAUUUCUGAACUGUGCAGAAAUUUCCGAAACACAUCUCCAGGGGAGGUUAUUCCGCCUACCACGAAUCCUAGCGUUCAAGCGCAUUCAGAGCAGCAGCCACCGAAAGACACGCCGGUUCCCACGAACCGGGGCGAUGCACCAGAUUUUGCACGCUCAACGGUACAGACAGGGCUUCCCGAGAAUCUUCGCCGAGAACUUCUUCAGAAAUAUGAGGUUAGAGGCGACCUGGCGGCUUUGGGUCCACCUAAAAUCAACAAACUACUGCUGCCGGCCCUGAAAUCCUCAUCGUCCACGAUGAAAAGAGACGAAUACCAAGCAGAGCGCCAGGCCCAACUCGCGGCAGCAUUAAAUGCUAUUGGUUGCGGUACUUCAACUCUUUUAAAGCCGGAAGUUUUGGAUUGCCUCCCUGAGGAAGGAAAACUGGCUAUUCGCCAAAUAUCUGAGGGAAUCCGCCUCAAUGCGGAUCUCCAGUAUCGUCUCUCAAUUGCUCGUAGAGCCUUUAUCAAGCCAACGUUAACUCUGUUGGGAAAGUCAACGGCUGACUCUGCUCCCGUAGACGAAUGGCUCUUUGGCAGUUCUUUUGCCGACGAAAUCAAGGAUGCCCAAGCGUGCGAAAAAGUUGCCCGUGGUCUAGUGAAGACAACGCCAGUCGCCCCCAAGGCCACGUCACAACAACCGAAGCGUUUUCAACCCCAGGCUGCCCCCACUACAUCGGGAAAUGCCAAGGCCCCCACUCGGUCGAGAUUUCACUCCCGAGCGGGGGCUCAAAAAUCUAGUGGUGGAAUGCGGUUCAUUUUGAAUCUCAAGGAGCUCAAUUCUUACAUGGAUCCUCCGCAUUUUAAAUUGGAAGAUUGGCGAACUGUGGUUCGCCUCAUGCUUCCUGAUUUUGAAAUGUCAUCCAUCGACCUUGAAGAUGCAUACCUCGUCGUUCCAAUACAUCCUUCAUAUAGGAAGUUCUUGCGUUUUCAAUGGAGGGGUACAACAUAUGAAUGGGCUGCUCUUCCUUUCGGACUCGCCACCGCUCCAUACAUUUUUUCCAAGAUCCUUCGACCAGCGAUAAAAUUAUUGAGAUCUCAAGGUUUUGACUCCGUUGUCUACCUUGACGAUUUUUUACUGCUAGCUUCAUCAAAACCUGCAUGUCGGGAUAACGUGCGAGCUCACCUGAAGCUACUUGGUGACCUUGGAUUUGUCAUCAAUUACUCAAAAUCAGAAUUAGAACCGUCACGACAACGCAAAUUUCUUGGCUUUAUUUUUAAUUCGGAGCAACAAUCCGUAUCAAUCCCGAAUGAUCGCCGAAGAAAACUUUUCUCUCUCGUCGCAAAGUUCUCACCUGGUUCUACAUGCACUAUCAGAGACUUCGCAAGUAUGAUUGGCUCUCUGGUAUCAAUUUGUCCGGCAGUGCAAUACGGACUCCUUUAUACGAAAUCCUUUAAGAGAGAAAAAUUUUACAAUCUCAUUUCGGCCGAAAAUAAUUAUGCUGCUAAGAUGACAAUCUCAAAUUCAUUGAAAAAGGAUUACCUUUGGUGGUUAACCAUUUUAUCGGAUAAUUAUCAAACGAAUCACAUCCGCUCAGGUCCCUAUGCUUGCGAGAUUUUUACCGAUGCAUCUCUUUCGGGAUGGGGAGCGUCCUGUUCUUUGCAGCGAACCCACGGUUGGUGGUCUGAAACUGACAAAUCUCGCCACAUAAAUUAUCUCGAACUCAAGGCCGUUUUUUACGCCCUGAAAUGCUUCGCCAAAGACCUUAGCGACUGUGACAUCCUUCUUAGAGUGGAUAAUACCACAGCAAUCUCGUACAUUAACAAAUUCGGCUCGGUUCAACACCCUCACCUCUCCUCAUUGGCCAAGGAGAUUUGGCAAUGGUGCGAGGCCAGAAAUCUUUUCCUUUUCGCCUCUUAUAUUGCCUCAGGAGACAAUGUUAUUGCCGAUGAAGAGUCUCGCCAACAGGUUCCAGAUACUGAAUGGUCCCUUUCGUCUAGGGCCUUCAAUUCGAUUUUGCGAGAGUAUGGGCCGUUUGACAUCGAUCUUUUUGCCUCGGUACUCAAUGCCAAGUGUUCAAUUUACGUGUCCUGGUUCCCAGAUCCGG